AACAGUGUCUCUCGCCUCGCCAGCCAGCUCAUGUCAACAAUGUCGGGCUCGCGCAGGAAACAGCUGUCCCUCUUCCUUUUCGCGUUCCUGCUCGGAUUUCCGGGCGCCUUAGGGAGCAGCCUGGAAGUGAUGGAAGAAGAUGAAAUAAAGCAGCUGCUGGUCGACGAGAAAUACGUUGUCAUUCUCUUUAGUGACACUCCAGAAUGCACUGGGAAGUGCAAAGACCUUGAAGAUACUCUAAUUGCUGUGCGAGAAGACAUUGUUGAGUCCUUGAAUGCUUGGGUUGUUCGUACCCAUUCACCAGCCCUUGCCAAGCAGUAUGGGCUGAUUGCUGCUGGAGAAGAGAAACCUAAAAUAGAGGCUGGCAUCGUUUUUGUACGAUCUGGAAUACCUAUGCUCUACAAUGGGCCAGCUGAUGAUGAUGAAUUCCUGUUACACAUGUUUGUAUCGAACUUAGAUUCAGCUGUGAAAUCCCUUGGCGAUUCUAACUUUGAGCAUGAAACCCAGGCAUCGACAGGUGCUACGACAGGGGACUGGCUGGUAUUGUUCACACGUGCCGGAUGUGAGAGAUGCACACACCUCAGGGCAACAGUUGAGGCUGUUGCUGCAAGUAUGCGAAACAGAAAGAAUGUGGCUAUUGUUGACCGUGACACUGAUGGUGGUCAGACUACACGAAGAUUUGGUGUGAAGGACUUCCCUUCACUUGUAUUGUAAGUAUGUAGAGCUUUU